UCUGUCAACGACAGGCGAGAGCGUAACAAGGCCGCCUCUGCCAAAUAUCGAGCCAAGAAGCAUUACCAAUCUGGAGAGAUGCGUGCACAGAUCGCCACUCUGCAGGAACAGAACAGCAUCAUCACUCGUCAGCUCGAAGAGUGUCGGACUGAGAAUACGUCGCUCAAGAACCUGGUCGAAAAGCUCAAGAGUCGACUUGUAGCUGAGAAGGUCCUGAAACGUUUA